CGAAGGCAGCGAGCGUUUAACGCGAGGACGAGAGGUCACGGUGGGUUGAGACGCCAUGCACGCAGAUGAUUUUGAGGGACCAUGAUGGUGGAGGCUCCUUGUUCGUGUUCAGCAGAUGUUGAGGAUGGUGGUGAAUGCGGAAGGCGGCGAUCUUUGAAAAGGGUGGCGAACGAGUUGUCGAUCUAGCUGCAUCGCGGCCAUCACCAUAAAUAUGGAGGGGGAAGAUUUGAAAGCACAUCCCAGCAACAUCCUGGUGGACAUCAUAGUGCAUGAGCGGGAAGAGAAGGAGAAGCUGCAGGUUAGAGUGGAGCAGCUGACUGCGACUCUUCAGCAGGCGCACAAAGAGCUGGAGGAGCUCAAGCGGCAAGUAUUGUUUGAAAACAAUGCACAUGAGCGCGAGUUGGGCAUUGUGUUCGACGAGUCCAUCAGUAUGAGAGCAGAGAUGGACUACCAGGCCACGACGAUGAUCCUAGAGAACAAGAGAAUGAAAGACCAGCUUGCAGUCUAUGCAGUGGUAGAGGAGCAGAACAAAGUUCUCAAAGAAGAAGUGUCGAGGGUACACGACGAGAUGAAGUCAAAGGAUCUUCGGCACAGGGAGGAGAUGGAGAAUCUCAAGGAGAGUCUGAUUGAACACAAGAUCAAACUGCAAAAAGAAUUCCGACAACGAUUGCAAGAUGUCACUGGGCAACUGUCUGCGGAGAACGCUGGGUCAGAUGACGUGAAGAAGAAUCAAGCGGCGGGGAGCAACAAUAUUCGUGAGCAAGAAGAACGACAGCAGCACAUAUCUGUGCUGAUGGACAGGUUCGAACAAACGACACUGACAAACGGAAUGAAGCUGGAGCUGCAGCAUAGCAAGACUUUGGAGUUUCAGACGAAAGAACUUCUUCAGGUGAAGAGAGAAUUGCUCGAGAGCAGGGAAAGAUGCGCCAGUUUAGACCAGAAUCUCAAGGACGCAAAGACUGAAAGGGACAUGUACCGGAAGAAGUCGCAAGAGACCGACAGGCUGAGAGACAAGAAUCUCACCCUCGAAUCGGAGAUAGAGUCUCUGCACUCUAAGGUACAGAAUGCUACCCGCCUGACAGAGACGUGGAAGAAGCGAGCGAUGCACGCAAAGAGCUCCAUCACGCCUGAGCACAGCAAUCCGCAUGUCUUUCCAGCUGUAGACAAGCGGAGGUUGGCCCAGGAUGGAAGGGGGAACAUGCAAGGACGAAGGGGAGCAGCGCAUGGCGAGAUGAGCUUCCAGUCUCAAAGCAAGGACGAGCUUACACCUCAGGACAGCUCGUUGUCCUGGAAGCAGAUGGAGCAGACAGAUCCAAGUUUUCUUCUGCCGGACGACGAUGAAGACGUUAGGAACAUUUGGAACAAUCAGUACUCACGGGGCACCAUCACUGCUGGAGUUCAACCUGAUGCCAGAUCGACUUCGGCUCCUCCCAUCCAUAACUUGAGGGGCUCUUCUCUCAACGGGAGCAGCCUCGCUCAGUUUCAUAUUCCUGCCGUUCAACCCGGGCGGCGAACAGAACCCCUCAAGAUGUUCCGAAGCCAAGCAAAUGCAAACGGCACGAAGACGCACAAGUCGAAGAAGAAUCGAUAUUUAUCUGUGCUGUGACAGAGAUUGUGUUUCUUGUGGAGUGUAAAAUAAAUGUAUCAUACCGUC